UGCCCUGCGCUUCUUGCCCCCUUCCUUUUCAGCCUCCCGCGCGGGGGAGGCUCCACAGACCAGCGGACUGGGAACCGAUAUGGCAGCGACUCUGGGCAGCGGGGAGCGCUGGACAGAAGCUUACAUUGAUGCAGUUAGAAGAAACAAAUACCCAGAAGACAGACCUCCUGAAAGUCAUGAUCCCUGUGGUUGCUGUGACUGCAUGAAGGCACAAAAGGAAAAGAAGUCUGAGAAUGAGUGGAAUCAGACCCGGCAGGGUGAGGGGAGCACCACUUAUACUGAAGAGCAGCUGCUUGGAGUACAAAGGAUCAAGAAAUGCAGAAAUUACUAUGAAAUUCUGGGAGUUUCGCAAAAUGCCAGUGAUGAAGAGCUUAAGAAAGCUUACCGAAAACUUGCCCUGAAAUUUCACCCUGACAAGAACUGUGCUCCUGGAGCAACAGAUGCUUUCAAAGCAAUAGGAAAUGCCUUUGCAGUCCUGAGCAAUCCUGACAAGAGACUCCGCUACGAUGAAUAUGGAGAUGAACAGGUGAUUUUCACUGCCCCUCGAGCCAGACCUUAUAAUUAUUACAGAGACAUGGAAGCUGACAUCACUCCAGAAGAGCUAUUCAACGUCUUCUUUGGAGGACAUUUUCCUACAGGAAAUAUUCAUAUGUUUUCAAACGUGACAGAUGACACCCACUAUUAUCGCCGGUGGCACCGACAUGAGAGGAUGCAGACACAAAAGGAAGAGGAGGAAGAUAAACCUCAGACUACAUAUUCUGCAUUCAUUCAGUUACUUCCAGUUCUGGUGAUUGUGAUUAUAUCUGUCAUUACUCAGCUACUAGCUACUAAUCCCCCAUAUAGUCUAUUCUAUAAAUCGACCUUGGGCUACACCAUUUCUAGAGAAACCCAGAACAUGCAGGUGCCUUACUUUGUGGAUAAAAACUUUGACAAGGCCUACAGGGGAGCAUCUCUGCGUGACCUGGAGAAGACGAUAGAGAAGGAUUACAUUGACUACAUCCAGACAAGUUGUUGGAAGGAGAAACAACAAAAGUCGGAGUUGACAAAUUUGGCAGGAUUAUACAGAGAUGAACGAUUGAAACAGAAAGCAGAGUCGCUGAAACUUGAAAACUGUGAAAAACUUUCCAAACUUAUUGGCCUGCGCAGAGGUGGCUGAGAGGAUGGUAGUCCUGUGCAGGGUUGGGGUUUUGCUACUUGUUACUAUUUAUGUUCCUAAUUCCAUUUUAUAAUACAAAAUUAGGAAAUGACGAACAUUUUACAAUUUGCUAAUGUUGUUUGGUGGGCAGAGUUGAAGGCGCUUGAGCAUGGAGCCAGACUUGUCAUCAGAGGAUCCUUCCUGGGGAUUAGCUCCGGGGGCCAGGAACAGUUCAUCUAAACUGAAUUAAUGGCAAAGCAUUUGAUUCAGCCCCCCUGUUCCAUGCCCACCGUGCCUCGAAGAAUGUAGUUCAGGGCAUCCCACAGCAGAUUCAUGUUUUCUUCCUUCUUCCCUUCUCCAGUGAAGUCUCAAUACCCAGUCAUUCCUAGGCGUAGCCAAAGCAGCUUAACAUUAGUUGUUUACAAUGUGCACCAAGAAUUACAUCUCUCCCUUAUUAGAGUCAUCAUCUCCCCUAGAAUUCAGCCUUUGGAACAUGCUGCUAGUCAGCUUUCUAUUUUCUAAGGGGAAUGUGGUGAAAGGUAAACUAUUGUAGUCAAUAGUUUUCUAUUUGCCUAAUCUCUGUUCAGAGUUACUAGCAUUAACAAACUGCCUGAUUUGAGUUUCUUUUACUUCCUUAACCCUCUCUCUUAUAGAGGGUCCAGAAAUUAAAAGCUAUUGAGUGAAACAGUUCAAUGGACAACUCAGCAGCAGGAAGCAGGGGCCGGGGUGAAGACAAAAUGCAAGACUGAGUCUCAGCUUCUCAGUACAGGUUUCCAGUCCAUCAUAGAACCCAGAGAAUGUUCUUUUUGUCAUUUCCCCUUGCAGCAUCACACUUGAGCUGAGUCCCUACACCCCACAGAGGUACAGUGGUCAGACUUAAGAGGAGGCAUUGCCAGCCAAGUGGGCUAUUUGCUCAAGCUUAGAGAUAGAAGAGAAAGACUCUCUUUCCGUGGCUAUGGGGGUCUGGUCUUGGCCCCAGCAGUCACUUUGUUUAACCCAGUGCCCUGUAGUUUGUGAUACAAGAUGCUUUUCCACGUAGUCAACAUCUAUUAAGUGCCUCGUAUGAAGCAGGGACUCUCACAUAUAUUUUCUUACUUUAGCCUCCUCACAACUCUGUAAAGUAGACAUGUUAUCCCUGUUUUUAUGAAUGAGAACUUUGGCCCAGAGAGGAUGAAUGGUUGACCUGGGUCGCACAACUGGUAGUGGCAGACCUAGAUGGUAGGCUGAUUAUCAAGUAGAAAGUGUGAGAUCAUCCCAUUUCUCAGGUGAUUCUAGUCAGAUUGAUAAAGCAGGAUCUUUCCCAAGGAUGUCCCUGUCCCCCCUGACCCUGUGACCCUGUAUCCUUUCAAUGGCAGUCCUGCAUCCACUCAGGACGUCUUCCCCCUGGUCUUUAGGAAGGAAGACCCUCUCUACACCAAUUCUGUAUACAAAACAAGAGGUUCCUCAAAGGCAAGCAGCCCUUCCCACUGGCGACAAAGAAGUGGUAAGUUGUUGCCUGGGCUACAUGAUUCUGGGCCUUCAUGCGAAGGCAAGCUACCAGGAUCGAGCUGUCUUGAGUAUCAUGAACCUGAACCUGGAAGGAUUAGCAGGGGACUGUAGUCUACCCUCUAUGUUUUCUUCAGGAUAGAAGAAAAGUUCCUGUUGGAAGGAAAGUCUACCUUAAAACUGAUUCCCAAAGUAGAGUUUCUCCUUUCAGAUGCAUAGCUACGAUUUUGGCAGACAUGUCUAGCAUGGUUCAACAUGUGGGCUUUCCAUAGGGUUAGGAGAUGGGUCCAGAGGUAAAGAGUGGAGCUUUGGUGGCUGUAGGAAACAACUGCCUAGCUGUGUGGAGGAGGGGAAGCUCCAGAGAUGGCCAGAUUUUGCUGCCCAAGUAAGUUUAUCCUCCUGGUUUUCGGGGGCUUCCUUGAUCCCCUGUGAGUGACUAAGAGGAUUUAGUCUAUAAAAUGUGCCUGUGAGCCAAGCAGGCUUAUGGGAAGUUUUCCUAUACACACAAAAAUCAAAGCUCUCCUCUUCCCAACACCAACCUCUGCUAGAAAAUGGGCCAUAAUUAAAUUGGCUUGACAGCUUAAAAGACCCAGCUCUAGAAACCCAUGAAUAGCGUAGUCACACAUUUUAUGGAUUUCAAGGCAGAGAUGAGUUAUCUGUGAUGAUACUAAAUAGAGGCAAUGCUAACCAACUCCAUUAAAUGUCAAGUCUAUUGUGUGUGUUUAUAGCAUUGAUGGUACUGUUUUAUUUAUUACCUAAUAGACCACAACACUCACAUCUGGUUUUCCUCCAGGGAAUGGUAUUUGCUUUUGGUUGAAGGAUAGUUUAUUUGGUACAGUCCAGAAUAUUGUUAAACUAUAAUUUCCUGGGUUAUAUUUUAGAUGGAUUGUCUGCAUGGUGGUAAAAUAAGCGUUUUCCUCUUGGCUACAUUCUUUGGAGGGUUUCCUGACCAUAUAUAAACUCUUUAGGUAAGGCUUAUUCUUGCUGUCAGACUUGGCGUGCAGCUCUAGACCAUUUCUGUGAGCAUUAAUGCAGAUUGGAGACGUGUGAUAGGAGUGGGGCUAAGAACUAGGGCUUGAGGCUCAAGCAGAAACUAAGCUCGCAUUCAUUAGAAGGAAAGUGCUCUGUGCACUGCAUGAUCAGCAGUGAGGAGGGGAAGAUGAAAAUCCUUCUCACCACAAACAACACUGCAGCUUGAAGGAAUCUGUGUCCCCAGAUUAGUAACAUUGGGGUUCAUCUGCUCAAACCAGAAAACUUCUGAACUUCCUUGAUCAGGCUUAACAGCUUGGGAGAAGUGACCAAUAAGAAAAUGCCAUUGCUAUGCUUUCUGUUGGAAACUAUUAGAAAUUAACACUGAACUCCAAACCCCACUGGAACAUGGAAUCCAGCAGCCUGGCCAAGCUAUGUGUUAUUCUCAUUUUCGUCCUCACACUCAGGACUGGCUUUGUGAGGAGGCACUGUUGGAUUCCAGAAGCUUUCUGUUACAAGUGGCCACACACACAAGUUCAUUGUCUCUGCAUGCACUCUUCCUCACAGGAACUGGCACUUAAUUAGUAUUUAUUUUGGAUUUAUUUAAGAUGUAAGCUUAGUGUCCUACUAUGUGUAUUUUUGGAAAGGGCCAAGUUACUACACAGCUUAUUUUUUGAGCUUGCCAUCAUUGAUACCUCGUGCAGUGACCACCAAGUAACUAUAUACCCAUGUGUUAGAUAUUGAUUACAUGAUUUGCAUCACACUCAGUAUUUAGAAUUAAAGAUGUGAAUGUUCUCUGACCAGAGCCAGGUUUUACACAAAUGGAAUCAACUCCUGGUGGAGUAUGAAUCCUGAAAAUCUGGUCACCUGAUCCACUGCAUCUGGAUUGAGUGUAUUUUAACAGAGAAGGAAAUUAAACGAUUUUGUAUAAAAAGAA